AUGAAUCGAUUGAUGCUUGGCGCGCGAAUUCUCCAAUCUGGCGGUGUCAAGAAAGAUGAUGGUGAAUCAUUCAACAUCUUCAAAGAACUGAAUAAUGCAGAGAGUAAUUUGUGCCGAGUCUUGCUGAUGGUCCAAGGCGUGCUGUUUGUCCUAGCGCUGUGCUCCCGGACUUGGGGCUUCCAAGACGUCGCUGAUGCCUUGGCCUUGGUCACGGUGCUGUUGGCUCACUCAUUGAUUCGCCGUGCGGUCUUGUCCAUGCUGGCGAAGCGCAUCUCCAUGCACGUGCUGAUGUUCCUCGUGUUGCUGGGCUCGUUGUAUCUGCAGCAGUUCACCGAAGCGGCCACCGUGGCCUUCCUGGUGAACGCCUCCGAGUGGAUCGUGGGGAAGUCCCAACAGGCCGUGGAGCGGGAGCUCGGCAAGAGCCUCGUGGGCACCGCGAGCCACGCCACGGUGCUGACGCCCGCGCCCGAGCGGAGUCAACGCUCCGUGCUCAUCGAGGAGUUGAAACCGAAAGAUGUGGUGCUGCUCAAGACCGGCAACACUGUGCCUACAGAUGGUGUGCUGCUCAAGGCACAGGGCUUCACGGUGAACGAGGCCAGUGUCACUGGAGAGGCCUUACCAGUGGAGAAGUUCAAAGGUGAGAAGCUCUUGAGUGGCACCGUGGUGACCGCGGGGGUAGCGGAGAUGGAGUGCACCUCCAGUGCCAAGGAGUCCUUCCAGGGCAAGAUCCAGGCAGCUGUUCAGGAUGCUCAAAGUUCCAGGUCGGAGAUGGAGGAUUUGGUGAACCGCUUCGCAGAGAUCUACACCCCGGUGGUGGUGCUUUUGUCUCUGGCUCUUGCACUUUGGAGCUCUGACCUCACACAAGGCCUUACAGUCUUGGUCUCCGCGUGUCCCUGCGCGGUGGUGGCCGCUGCCCCAGUGGUGCAGUCCUGCGCCUUUGUGCGGCUGCUUUCGGACCUUCAGGUGCUGGUCAAGGACGCCCGGGCCUUGGAUUGCUUCGCACAUGUGGAGCGUUUGGGCACUGACAAGACCGGGACCUUGACGAAGGGCAGCUUCGAGCUGGCAGAUGUCGUGGUGAUGCCAGGCCAAAGCGAAAGGAGGGACCUCUUGAAGCUUCUGGCGGCACUCGAGUCCCAGGACUCGCACCCCUUGGCCAACUCGCUGGUCCGCAGCUACGUGGGCUGCGCCGCCACCUUCGCCGAAAGCUCGGCCAAAGGUGUGGUGAAGCUGCCCAAGGUGGAGCGCUUUACCCGAGUGGAGUCGCAGGGGAUUUGGGGGAUCAUCGACGGACAGGUCAUCGGUGCCGGCAGCCGUCGCUUUUUGGAUUCCAUGGCCAUCGAUGUGCCGAAGGAAGGCGAAGCGAAGGUGAAAGAAUGGGAGCAGCAAGGAGGCGUUUCCACCAUCGUGUACAUGACCGUUGAGGACGACGUGGCCAUGAUCCUGCGCCUGGAAGACGAGCUGCGCGAGGACGCCAAGGCAGCGAUUGCCACGCUGCAGACCCUCGGUGUCUACGUGGCGAUGCUCACGGGCGACGAGCGCAAGGCGGCCGAAGCGGUGGGUGCUGCGCUGGGCAUCAGCGAGAGGCGCUCCAAGCUCACGCCCGGUGACAAGGAGAAUUGGAUUCGUGGUGAUGCGAACAACCUGGAGAGCGGCCUCCAUCAGCCCUUGCUGAACAAUACACAGGCUGUCAAAGCUACCUGCAUGCUGGGCGACGGCCUCAACGACGGCCCCGCGUUGGCGGCGGCGGAUUUGGGCGUGGCCAUCGCCAGCGGCCUGCAGCUGCCUUGUGAUGCGGCGGAUGUGGUGAUUGGCAGUGGUGGGCAGAUGCUGCAGCGCUUCGUCCAAGCGCUACACUUUGCCAAGAAGUGCAAGGACCUCAUCAGACAGAACCUGGCCUUCGCCAUCUUGGUGAAGCUCACAGCCUUGACUCUGGCCUUCACUGGACAUCUUUAUCUCACGCUUGGCGUUCUCAGCGACAGCGGAAGCCUGUUGCUGGUCGUGUUGAACAGCCUCAGACCACUGACCUGGGGAUUUUUGCAGAUGGAAGCAUCGACCGCUGAUCGCGAGCGUCAGUGGCAUGAAGACCGGCUCACUCGGGCCCAAGAGACAGAUCUACGCCUCUUGGCCGAGAAACCAACCGAGCCGGGUCGGAGACAGGGUCGGGUGGCGGGGUCGAAGAAGGAGCUGGUGGACGAGGUGUCCCGACUGAACAAAGAGGCCAAUGACAUCCAGCAGGACAACAACGUCUACGCCUCUCUGGAGAAGCGCUAUGACUCGCUGGUGAAGACGGUCCGUUCGUUGGAGGGGGAUCUGGCAGAUCACAACUUGGCCACCGACAAGCAACGCACCGACACGAGGCCGGAGGAGGUUCAUCACAUGUACACCAUCAUGAAGUCUCAGAAUGAGCAGCAACGUGCCGACGUGGAUCAGAUCUUCCUGGAGAAACGGAGCCACGAAGAGGAGAUCGGCCGUAUGGAGCAGGAGAUCACCGCCAUCGCCCGGCAGGCGGAGGAGCGCUUGAAUGAGCUGCACCCCGACCAGCGCCGGGAGUAUGAUGACCUGCGAGAGGAGAGCAAACGGCUCAGUGCUGAUCUCGCAGAGGCCCGCGACGACCUGGACCAGGUCACUGGAAGAUUGAACGCCUUGGAGGGCAAGCUGCGGAGCGACCCCUGGCGCCAGCGGCAUCGGCAGCUGAAUCAAACGCGCCGGGAUUUGGAGACACAAGUGAACCAACUUCGUGAGGAGGUUCAGCAAGGCUCCAUGAGCAUCCCUGAGCAGCGUGAGAUCUUGUUGUCCAAGGUCAAGAACGACAACGCGGAGAUCGUCGCGACGGAGAAGUCCAACAGUGAGCAGAAGUUGGACAAUGAACGACUACGUGCUCAAAUUCGGGAGGUGAUUGCAGAUGUCGAAGAGAAGAAGGAAGAGAAUAGCGACCAGCAGAAGUACGAGAUCCUCUUCACCAAGGACCAAGAGAUGACCGCCUUCAUCGAAGGCUUUGCUGAAGCCAAGGCUGAAGAAGAGCGGAAGAUUCAAGAAAAGAAAGAGAGCAUUGAGCGUUUGCAGCUGAUCAUCUCGAAGAGUGUGGAGUUGCCGCCGGAUGUCACGCCAGAGUCACAUCUUCGGGAUAUGGAGGACGAGCUGGACUUCAAGAAAGCUCAGCUGCAAAACUCCGAGACCACACAGAGCCGAUUGGAGGCAGAGCUGGCCAAGCGUGAGGGAGAACUGGAGAAGAUCGAAAGUCUGGAUGUGAAGAUCUCCUUGGAGCUCUCACAGGUUGAAGAGAAGAUGAGGCAGUACGAGAAGGAGAUUACUGAGCGCUAUGACAGGAUUGAAGAGAUGAAAGCUCAAGGUGCCUUCGAGGCGCAACGCCUCGAAGGAUCCAAGAAGGGCUUGGAGGAGCGAUCGCAGGCCUUGCGGCAGCAGGUAAACUUCAUCCGACUUCGCUACGACGGCAAGCGUCAGCAACUUCAGGAUGAUGAGACUGCAGCUGCUCUGGAGGCACAGGAGCAGAGGAUUCGGCAGUUCGGGCAGACCCUCUACACGUUGCGUUCCUUCAUUCUACAAAAGACAUCAGAGUCCGACUUCCGUGGGGAGAUGGCCUACUGCUUGGAGAUUGCCGCGCAGCUCAACAAGAUGUUGCAGGAGGGUGCUGUGCCACGACCACCAGGGGUUUGA